AUGCGAAUUGCCGAUGACGGCAACUACGCCAUCUAUGCCCUACUUGAUCCCGAGCUCACUGCAAGAGCGCUGACUGCUACGCCAGCCCGAGCAUAUCAGAAAAUCGGCACGCCGGACCCGGGCCCGGCGUAUCACGACGACGAGUGCGCGGUGUAUACGACGCAAGAUAUCGCGAAGACGUGGGAGUGCGCUAGGAACCUAGAGUUGGCAGCAGCCUAG